AGUUGUUUCCAUAUGAUCUGUGUGAAUGUUGUAUUGUUGGUCUGUCUGUGUCGAGCGAGCUGUCAACAUGCUCUCGUAAGCAAUGUGAAGCAACAGUUACUUAUGAUAUCACGCAGAAGUAUGGUGCUUAACACAUUCAACGCAUCACCAUCAUAACACGCGAGUUUGUGUGAAAGAAGAAAAAGAAACGUAUGUGUAUGGAGUAACGAAUGUGAACAUUCAACCAGAAAAUGGGUUCGUAUUUUGAGCGAACAAAUAAAUUAUUUCAGUCGAAUUGCAAGUGUUAAACGAUAACCAGUGACGUGUAAAAUAUUUUUCAUACAUCGAAGAAAUAAGAAGGAAAUUUUUGCGUCGCUUUGUGUGUCUAUUUGUAUCAAUUAUUUUGUGAAGUGGAAAAAAUAUUGGAAUUUAAGUAGUGAUUCGUAAAAUGUGAUGACAGAGAUUGAAAAAUUUCGUAAUAAAUCUACCUCUCGAAUAGUAGUGUAAAAGAAAUACAACCUUCCAAAGUAAUUAUUGAACAGAAAUGCCAAAACGUCCAUAAGAAGAAGACAAAUGAAAAAAUUCCAAUUGGAAAGGUGAAAGAGUGUAUUGUGACUUAUCAAAUGCCUUCGUUCCUAUCAGCUGUGAUGAUGAUGGGCCGAAAAAAUUUAGUAGUUUCCAACUAGUAGUUUAAAAAAAGAAUGUGACAGUUUUUACGAGAGAAAGAGAGAUUGCAGUUUUUUUUUUAGUGUGAGCGCUGAAAAAGAAGAAACGAGAGAGAGAAAAGUGUGUGUUGCCUUCAAAACUGAUUUGUAAUUGAGUACGUUCGAAAUGAAUAUUAAGCGCUAAGCACAACAACACACGACUACGAAAAAGGCAGUGAAAAAGUACGAGACAACAACAACAACAACAGAAAGAAAAACUUGCUCAGAGAAGGGAAUAAAGAGCACAGAGAGCAGUCUCUCAUACGCGUCGGAGUCUGCAUACAGUACGAAAAAAAGAAGAAGAAAAAAAAAUAUUUAAAUAAAAAAAAACUAAAGACAUGAAUAUGAAAAGGAACAGAGCGUAGUCCAAUUGAAAGUGAAAAAAAAAUCAACCGACGAAACGAAGCAUUUUGCUGCGACGAAUUGAAUUAAUAGAGCAAAUGAGCCGAAUGAAUUGGAAUCGAUUAAGUGAACGACGAUACACAAAAGUGCCAUUGGAAAUUUAGUAAAUAAGAUCAGUGUGUGCGCGCGAGUUCAUUUGAUGUUUGUUUCGUUUGCAGUGUGCUCAGCACCAAUGACCGAAGAAGAAAAAACGCGAAAAACCGAAUCAGCACUGAUGAAAUCAUUUUAAUUGAACUGACAGUGUCAAACUUUGACAGUCAAAGUCACAAACGGCCGCCGCUUCGAUUUAAAGCAAAUAAAGAGAUCGCGAUUGUUUUCAUGAAAAUAAAAGAUUUUGUUGUUUGCAACGGCUAAGUGCUGAUUAAAAGAGUAUAGUGGGGAGAAAAACGGUUCGCGAAAAAUUGAAAGAGAGAGAGAGAGAAAGAGAGCGAGAAAAAUGAUGGAAAAAAAUGAUGAAAUGAGCAUUUGUGAUGAAAAGUUACCGGCCAUCAAAAGCGUCGAUGGCGAUGCAAAAGACAGUGAUAUGGAUCGGUUAAAGUCCAAUGCCGAUUCUCAUAAAUUGACAACAACGACAACAACGAAAGGGAAAUAUGAUGCUAAAAUGGCUGAUGAUGAUAAAUGCAUAAAUAAUCAAGACAUUUGCAAGAAUAUCAAAAAUGUGAACACCAACAAUAAAACUGAUUGCAACGUAGUUAUCGAUGACGACACACAAUCAAAACAACAGCAACAACAGCAACAGCAACAGUCGCAAUCGCCACCGUUGCCACCGCCACCGACAUCGCAGCAAACGUAUGGAUGUGUGCACUACAAGCGUAAGGCUAAAUUUGUCACGCCGUGUUGUGGAAAAUUCUUCAAUUGUCGAUACUGUCACGAUGAGAAUGAGGACCAUCAUUUCGAUCGGAAAACGCUAACGGAAUUAAUUUGCACGAAUUGUGAUACACGACAAAAAGUACAAGCGGAAUGCGCCAAUUGUGGUAUACGAUUCGGAAAGUUCACGUGUUUAAUUUGUAAUCUGUUUGACGACGAGGACAAGGAUCAAUAUCAUUGUGAUGGAUGCGGUAUUUGUCGAAUCGGUGGACGGAACAAUUUUUUCCAUUGCGAAGUGUGCAAUAUGUGCUUGCCAUUGCAGCUUAAAACAAAUGGACAUCGAUGUGUGGAGAAUAUAUCACGUUCGAAUUGCCCGGUAUGCUUGGGAGACAUACACACAUCUCGUUAUCCAUGUCAUAUUCCUGAUUGCGGUCAUUUGCUGCACAAGACAUGCUUCGACCAGUUGCUGGCAUCGGGUCAUUACGUGUGUCCAACUUGUCAAACAUCAAUGAUCGAUAUGACCAAAUUGUGGGACUAUCUCGAUACACAAGCACAAAAUCUACCCGUUCCAAAAUCGCACGUGAACAGUAUUGUGGACAUCUUUUGCAACGAUUGCUUCAAACAAUCAACGGUGAAAUUCCAUUUUAUCGGGUUGAAGUGUGCCAACUGUGGUGGAUACAACACAACCAAGAACAUCAAAACACGAAGCUUUAGCUUCUCCAGCACAAAAGAUAAUCCGUCAACAUCCGCUUGACAAGGCUUCAUUCAACUGAUACUAGGCAAUUUUUUUCCUGAACGAAUGCUGCCAAGAGGCACAUUUAGACCAACGCCCAGAGGCGCACAACGGAACCGAGAUGCCAAGAGGCAUUUUUAUAGUGAUUUUAUUAAUUUGUCACAAAAUAUUUAGCGUCUUCAAUGUUUUACGUAAGAAUGUAGGCUUUAGUGAGUUUUGUUGUACAGAUAUUAAGGUCUAAUAAUGUAUUUGUUUGUUAUAUUUUAAUCAGCAUUUAUAUUUGUUAGAUGAAAUCGAAAUGAUUCGAUACGUAUGUGUGAAAAGCAUAAAUCCACACAUACUGUAGACUAGCUGCAUUUUAUCUAAGACAAUAAUUAUUCUCACUACUUAUAAGUAGUGAAAGUUUGAUUUUCGAGAGAAAAAACGACCACAGUUCGAUUGAUAAUGGUGUUCGCUUUGAACAUCGACAUCAUUCAACAUACAUGUAAUAACACAAUUGUUAUGUUAAUUGUUCAUAAAGAUUCAGACAUUUACAAUGAAAUAAUAAAUUUGCAAAACAUCAUGUUAAA